AUCUGGCAGUUGCUGCUGGCUGUAGUCUGGAUAAUUUUCACCGGUAGAUUAGACCAGGCUCUGCUCUGGUACCCAGCAGUCACAGAGCAGUUCUACAAGGCAGCAAGAACAGAAGCUGCAACAUACUGCCUUCUUUUGGUCAGAGCUAGUCACAAGGUGCUACAGUUUGAUUGUUUGUGUCUGUCUAAAAUUUAUACAUUAGAACUCAAACCCCAAUGGUGACAGUAUUAAGAGGUGGUACCUUUGAGAGGUGAUUAGGUAUAAGGACUCUACCCUUAUGAAGAGAUUAGUGCCCUUACAAAAGAGGCUUCAAGAGCUGCCUGCUCCUUCUGCUUUUCUGCCAAGUGAGGAUACAGCAUUGGUUUCUCCUAGAGGAUUCCGCAACAAGGCAUCAUCUUGGAAGGAGAGAACAAGUACUCACCAGAUACCAAAUCUGCUGAUACCUUGAUCUUGGACUUCUUAGCCUUCAGAACUGUGAGAAAUAAAUUUCUAUUAUUUAAGAAUCACCUCAGUCUGUGGUAUUCUGUUACAGUAGCAGGAAUGGCCUGAGACACAGUGCCAGCUCAAAUCCAAGGGGUGAAAAAACAGGAUCUGCCUCUUGAUUCGGCAAGUGGCAUAUUUUAUUUGGCCUUAGAAAUUUUAAACUGAGCUUGAGUAGAUUUUAAAGUGAGGACAUUUGGGGUGGGGGAGAAGAUAAGGGUGAUAAAACCUGGGUAUUUUGCAGCAGGAAGCAGAGUAGUAAUUUAGAUGUGGGAAUGGAGCGCAGGAUUGGAAAAUGGGUUGUCAGUUGGAGUGUUAUAUAUAAUUUUACUUAUUUUUUGCUGGUAUAGUCUGUGGUGUUCUUUUAUGCCUCAGGAUCUUCAGGGAUCCCUUAAUAUUUCUUAAUUUCAUUCCUAUUCUACAUUCAAGAAACAGUUGUUGGUAUUAAAUGGCUUCUGGGGUCAGGACACUAAUGAUAGAUAUUAUGACUCUGAAAAUAUCUGGGGGUGGUUUUAAGUACACAGGCCAUAUUUAUAAUAUUGCACCUCAUGCAUAUUUAGAACGUUAAAUUUAUCCUCAAAUGUGUUUUCCGAGACAUUUUUGGAGAACUUUAAAAAUUAAACUUGAAAACUGCAAUACCAUAGAAUUACCACAAGAUGGUGCCAUGAGUAUAUUGAAAGUAUGAUAGUUUCCUCAUUCCCUUGCCCACAUCUACAUUCUGAUAGAACCUAUUAAUGAGUAUGGAAAGAAAAGAAAUAACACACCAAGCAUGUGUGGGCAGGAGCAUGCUCAUCUGAUAGACUUUCUGAGCACCAUGUAUGCGUUAGGCAGAAUCUAUAGGGGAGACCUGGCAGCAGUUGGGGAGGGUAGAUGUUUUGGAAUUGCAGGAGAGAUCUUUCUCUAGUUUUCAGGAAUAAAAAUUACUACUUAAAUAUAUUAAUAUUGCUUCAUGUCUGGAAAAAUCUCCAUUUUAAGAGAUAUUAGAAAGGAACAUAAAUGUCGAAUGAUGCAUCCUUAGGUUUGUAUGACAGAUUUAGAGAUAAGGCUAGAAUUCAUCAGUAUGAUCAUGUAUUUUACCUUUUCAGUGGAAACACAUAGUUUUAAAUGCUUGCUUUGACUUAAUUUUGAUGAAUCAACUUGACAUUUGUUAUUCAACCAAGAAAUCUGACUUUUGCAAACUAUAAUCACCAUGGUGAAUGUAUAACAAAUCAUUGAGUUUCUACAAGUUGCACUAUGUAAGUAAAUCAUUUCAGUGUGAGGCAGGUGGGUUAAAUUAUUUACAAUAUACUUAUUUAUUUAAACCUCUUAAUUAGUUCAGAAAACUCCUUUCAUAGAAUAAUUAUACAAUAAUCCAUGUAUUGGAUAGAGCCCAUAUGACUUAUGGUUUUUAAUGAUGGGACAGGCUUAGCAGGGGAAAAGGUCUUGGUCAAAAUAUGUCGAAUUGUACCUUUGAAAAGAGAGCAUCUGCUUUUCUUUGUAUAAAUCCCAAGUCCUUUUAAGAGCACUCAGGAAUUGUCCCUUACUUGUAGUUCUUCAGACCCGGUGAUGAUACAUACAGCAGAAGGAAUAUUGAUAUACUUUUCUGAUUUGUUGUCUUACUCAGAAUUGAUCACUUUUUAGUGUCUAAGUAUUUUUCAAAAUCCUGACUCUAUUCUUCAAGGAUAAGAGUUGGUGCCCUUUAUCUGUUCUCCCCAGAUAAAUUAAUUGAGACUGAUACUGUAGGGAUUAUUGAGAUUGAAGUUCCUUGUGAAUGAGAGUAGAGAAAUUUGGAAAUAGGGUGAAGUCUCAAGUUACAACUCUAUCCACCCCCUGCCACACAAAUGCUUUCAAUUUGAGACACAGCUCCAGCUGUCUUCAGUGGUGUCAGAAAUCUAAAACCACACCUGACAACGACUUGAAAAAGUCAUUGUAGAACAACUCCCUAUUCUGUACCUGUGGUUAAAAACUGUGCAAAGGAUGUGGAUUAUUCAAGGGUGUAGAUUAAGUACAGAACUCUAAGGGACUGAUACAUAAAAGAGUUUGAAUGGAACGUUGAUAAAAUGAUUAAAAGGAGUGGUUGGCCCUCUUUUUAGUGAAGGAUGGAUUGUCUUUUUUCUUUAAGAAUGCUUUGGAAUAUAAACUUUUACAUAUUAUAUGUAUUAAAAGAUCAGAAUUGCUUAAUAUCAAGUCUUGGGUUUUAGAUUUUGAAAACCAAAUACUGAUACCUUUCAAUGUGGAAACUGAGUCUCAGACAAUUAUGGCAAGUGUUUGUGUGACUGAGUGAUUUAAAUUAUCAAAGGCAUAUUUAAAAUCCUGGUGUCUGUCUGGAAUAGAAGUGUUACCCAUUUUAAACUAAUCUAGGGAGAAGGAUUUUCAGUAGUGGGCCCAGUGGUAAUUAGAGUUCAAUUUCCACUGGGGGUUCAGUGUAUUUUCACCUGGACUGACCAACUUUCUUCACACAGACAUUUGACUUUACAUCUUAACAGUGUCACAGCCAAGGAGGCUGUUGGACAAUGUGCUGGGUUAGACAGCCCUGUGGAAUGCUACAGCUGACCAUGUGGUUGGCAUAUGUCCUUGGCACUUAACAGUUUUUCUUGAGCUUGUUUUUGGGCCAGCUCUGAAACACAUUUGCUCUUCUGAUUACAUGGAGUUUGGAGGAGGUGUAAGGGCUGGAUAUUUUACUUUAUAAUGGGCUGAGUGUGCUGGUAUUCACAUAAUGUUAACCAGCUUCAUUUUAAGAGCUUGCUUUCUGGUGAGCCUGCACUGCAGUCCAGAGACUCUUGUCCUGUUCACUGAGUAAUUAUCUAUCAUUUUAUAGACGACGUAAAAGGUAUGGGGAGCUUUUUUUUUUUUUUAAUCAUAGCCCUGAAGUGUUACUGAUCUUAUAGGAUAGUCAGUUGCUUUUAGGAGCUGCUCCAUAAAACCAUCGGGGCACCAUUUUGGUUGCAAAGAAAAGAAUUCACCGAAUUAUGUUGUAUUGUCAAAAAAAUAAAUACAGUUUCCUUCUUCACAUAGAAAAUGACUUUGUGAUUGUAUUCCAUAUACUAAGAGCCACACAUUUUAGUAUAGUUUGUUCAGUGAUUAGAAGGACCACUCUCCACAUAAAUGCCUCCUGGACACUUCCCCAAUGCACGUUUAGGCCCCAACAUGCACCCAGGAAAUGCUCCUUGAAGGCAGUCACUGUUCCAUAGACCCAAAGUCUUAGUGUAAUGUCAAUGUUCUGCUAUAGUAAAGUUCUUUAAUGUACUUAAAGUAUUUAUUUGUGUAAUGUCAUAGGAAAGACUCCAAGAAAAUACAACACAUUAUUCUUGUUUUUUGGAGAACAUAUGUUUUUAAAAUGGAUUUAAAAAUUAAACAGCUGACUCUUGAUGGCAGAAAAUAUUGCUACUUUUUUCUAAAAUGGAUUCUAAAGAACCUCUAUAGCAAGCAGUAUAUAGUAUAUACAAAUAAACAGAAAUCUUUACUUCAUAAGGCACAACUUAUUUUUUUUGUUUGUUUCUGACAGUGUCACAUGCACUGUUUAACAUUAAGGAUAUUUUGCUUUUGGGUGCAAUGAGAAAAGGGUGAGAUAACCCAAUGUUUUUUGCCUCACUUUGAAGAUACAUCCUUCCUUUUAAAAUUUCCUUUUGAAAAUUAAGGUAGGUUGCUGAAAAAAAAAAUUACGUCCAGUGCCUUUCACACUAGUGGGUAUAAAGUUUAAGUAAUCAAUGAGUACUGUUAUUAUUAUGUUUUGCGGCUUUUUUGAUUCAGUAAUUUCGAGUGGCUUCUUCUGCCUUUCUUUUCCAUAUCCUAGUUUUGUCAUUGUGCAUUAUGCCACAUUUCUGCUCUGCUUUGUCUUUCAGUCUUAGUAGCACCUUUCCUCAUAUUUUUGCCCACCCAUUAAAGUAACACUACCCUCCAAAUUUCUUGCCUAAGCAAAAGAACACCUGCUUAGGUACCAUUUCCCAAUCUAUUACUUUAUAGCAGUUUAGGUAAACUUUAAUACAGUCCACAGUCUCUUACCCGCAAUUCCUGAAAUCCAAGGAGCAAUGAAAACUGGAAGAUUUUAUAAUUCACAUCAAUGAGAAAACGUGACCUGAACUAAUGUGAGCUUAAAUUAUAGCAUUUAUUUAUCCCAAUGAGUAUGAAUAUGCAUGUGUUUUGCUAUAGAAUGUUAAUGUAUCUGAUUAUAGAGUUGUUGCCCCAGACCCCAAUGUGGCAUUAUAUAACAUCCGCCAAUGGAGGCAUUAUGUAAUUCCUGGCAUAUGUAGCAUAUUACCUUUCUAAAAUCUGCAAACAUUUGAAUUCUGAAAUGCAUCAAGCACUAAGGGUUUUAGAUAAGGGAUUGACCUAUAAUCAAAUAUCCUGGUUUUAAUUUUAAACUUUUAUUACUAGGGAGCUUCAUGUGUGGUAAUGAUAAAAAUGUUUUUAGGCAUGCAAUCUCUCAUGAACUAUUUAUAUGACUAUUUUCUAAGGAAAGUUUGUGUGUUGGACGGGGCAGUGAGGACAGAAGAGAGAGAAGACACUGAACAAUUGCAAAGUCAGUGAUGCCCAGUGCUAUUUCUAAUAAUACAUUCAAAUAUUGCCCUAGGGGCUUCAGGAGACACAAAACAAACGGAAUUCAGGUGGCCAAAGUGACUGUGAGGAGUAAGUGUUCAAUGGCGUAGGUAUAUGUGUGCACACAUGCUUGUGUGCAUGUUCAAUUGCGUGCCUAAUCCGUCUCAAAGCAAGGGCAUCUAACCAACAGCAGUAAGGAGUCAACUUUACAUAUGUAGACAUAGUGAGAAUACCCAUGGGAGAGCUGUGUUUAAUGUUGCUCCAGAAUGCUGUGUUAUGUAAAUAUGUGCUGCUUAUUUUUACACAGAUGUUUCACAUUGUAGACACUUCUAAAUGUGUUACCUCAGAGCUAGUAGGAUUGCUAGAACUGAACCCAGUCAUUUAAAGAAGAUCCUCAAAUCAGGAAUUGCCUUUAUUGGAUUCUAAUUUGCUCUGCCCUCAGAGCCUCAAUGAAAACCUAAAACCCUUUCUAAAACAUGGAAUAGAACUUAAAUGUGUUCUUUGUCAAUUUGCCUGCCAGGGAUUUCUUCCGGUUUAUUUUUGUGGCUUCUAAUAAACAUUGUAUAUCUUUUUUGCUUUGCAGUUUGCAUGCACAUGUCAAAGCUGUAUAUUUUGUGAUCUCAAAUCACAGCUACUGCUUUCUGGGGUAUAGCUACCUUGUGUCUUCUAAAAACGGUGUCCAGUAGCUCUUGCAUCUUAUAUCUUAGUAACAAAGGAGGAGGGACCAUAAAAAGCAAAGGUAUAAAUGUGGGGAUAGUUGGAUAAAAAUACAGGGGUUUAAUGAUUUUUUAAAAUAAUGAGCAAAGAUGAUAGUGUUAAAAAUAUCUAUCUUGCAUGUUUAUUUUCUUGUUAAACAGAAUAGAUUUAAAUCUUGUGUAUGAAAUUGUCUUAGAGUAAACCGAUAGUAUUUUGUCCUGGUGCUAGCAUAGCAUUGCACAUUUUUAACUAUCACCAUAAUUUUAAUUUAGAGACGGGCAUUUAGGAGUUAAAGGAUGUCUGAUUUGCCCUUUAAUGGACAUCUGUGUCAAAUAUAUGGAAUUAUUUUUGUUAUAAUUGUAAUAGUCUCCAGUGAUUUCACUUGUCUAUAAUGAAGUCCCAGGAACCUACAGCUAUUUUGGUUUAUGCAGCCUUUAUAAGUCCUUAUAAUAUAGGCUACUGAUUUCUUCCCUGUAUCCUGCUCAUUGUUGAAAAGCCAGAGCUAUUUUUAACAUUUACACAAUUUCAAUAGAUGAUUCUUUAUUCCACAAGGUUUAGUGCUAAAUCUGUGGAGACUUUCAUAAUCAUAUCCUUUUUGUGGUUUGCUUGAAUUUGAUCACAGUAGCUGAUUUCAUGCAUUGAUAAUGAAGGCUUAUGUUGCCUGUUUCUCAGCAUAAAUCCACCUCAGACUUGUACGUUGACAGUGCUUCUGGUUUCAGCACGCAUGGAGAUAUAGAAUUGAAAUUGCUCUGCUUUCUUUACAAAUGACUCAGAGUGUGCUUGUCCUUCCCUAAAAUGUUGCCAGCGUGUAAAGGAUUUUCAAUGAGCAGCGCAAUAAGCCAGCAACUGGGAAGGCUUGGAGCGGCACUGAUAUAACGUGGUGCUGUCACACAGAUAAUCAGGGCUGGAGCCAAGCCUCGGUAGCGCUGUGCAUUACCCUGGUCACAUACUGGAAGUUUUGUCUAUCUAACUUGGUUGCUCUUGAAGCUGGUGAAAGCCCUGCCAGGAUGUGGAGUGGACUUCCUAGCAGAGGUAGUACAUGCCACACUACUACCCUUCCUGCUCUUGUGCGCACACCUACCCUGAUGAUGCAGCCUUCACUGGAUAUCAAACCAUUUAUGUCUUUUCCAGUGGACAGUAGUUCUGCUGUUGGGCUCUUUCCAAAUUUUAACACAAAAAGAAGAGGCUUAUUUGGGACCAAUAAAUUUUGCCAGAUGGAUCCUGUGCAAAAGGCAGUUAUUAACCAUACAUUUGGAGUAUCCAUUCCCCCAAAGAAGAAACAAGUUAUUUCUUGUAAUGUCUGUCAGCUUCGCUUUAAUUCUGAUAGCCAGGCCGAGGCCCACUACAAAGGAAGUAAACAUGCCAAGAAGGUCAAAGCACUAGAGGCAACGAAAAAUAAACCCAAAAUGGUUUCUUCCAAGGACAGCGCAAAGGCUAAUCCCAGCUGCUCCAUCACUCCAAUCACAGGCAACAACUCUGACAAAUCAGAAGAUAAAGGGAAGUUAAAAGCCAACAGUUCCAGUCAGCCGUCAAGCUCUGAAAGUGGCUCAUUUCUCCUCAAAUCUGGCACAACACCCCUGCCACCUGGAGUAGCCACUUCUCCCUCCAAGAGCACAAAUGGAGCUCCCAGUACUGUUGCUGAAUCAGAAGAAGAAAAAGCCAAAAAAUUACUUUAUUGUUCACUAUGCAAAGUGGCUGUGAACUCCCUGUCACAGCUAGAGGCACACAACACAGGAUCUAAACACAAGACCAUGGUUGAAGCUCGUAAUGGGGCUGGUCCAAUUAAAUCCUAUCCUAGACCUGGAUCAAGAUUAAAGGUGCAGAAUGGCAGUAAGGGAUCAGGACUACAGAACAAGACAUUUCAUUGUGAAAUCUGUGAUGUUCAUGUUAAUUCAGAAAUUCAACUCAAACAGCACAUUUCUAGCCGAAGGCAUAAAGAUCGAGUUGCAGGGAAACCACUGAAGCCAAAAUACAGCCCUUACAACAAACUCCAACGGAGCCCAAGUAUUCUAGCAGCAAAACUUGCAUUCCAGAAAGAUAUGAUGAAGCCUUUGGCCCCAGCCUUCCUGUCCUCACCUCUUGCGGCGGCGGCGGCCGUGUCCUCUGCGCUGUCACUCCCACCUCGGCCUUCUGCCUCGCUCUUCCAGGCUCCAGCCAUUCCUCCAGCUCUUCUGAGGCCGGGGCACGGGCCCAUCCGCGCCACUCCUGCCUCCAUCCUCUUUGCUCCGUACUAACGUCUGCAAAACCCAAGACGUUUGAGGCCAGUAGGAAGCUGAGAAGAAAAGCCACAGGGAUUCAGCAAUUUAAGCAGUUUGUAUUGCAGUACCCCCAUUCACCCACAAAAUGCAGCCUACCCACCCCAAGCCCCAGUUCCAAAGAGAAACACAUCACUAGAUUCAAGAGGGCUUUUAGAGACCGCUCCUAUAAUUUAGGAAUCUGAGCAGCAUAGGCUUUAUCUCCCUAUUUCCUCCCUGACCCUAUCCCGUUCAAUUUGUAUAUCUCAGAUAUUUGGUUUCUUGCACAUGUAUUGGUCAGAAAGAAAAAGAAAGAAAAUCAUUCUCUAUUUUUCCAUGGGUAUGAUCUGGCUUAAAACAAUAUGGAAUAUUUUCCUGACAGACUUGAAAACUAGGAUCUUCCUCAGAUGUCUGUAAAUAACUCUGGUAUCCAACUGGGUGUAUUCUAGUGUGGAACAAAAAUCAGUGAACACAAGUGCUUACUUGUGGAUACCACCUUACCAACGUAUCACAAAGUUCUCUUUUUGGUGUACUGUUGACACGGAUUGUGUACUGUUUCGACCCAAGUACUGUUGUAUCCUGUGUAGUACUAGAUUUGUAUCUCUUGUCUGAAUUGAACAUUUUUAGUUGCUGUGUAAAUGUUAGGAAGCAACGUAGCUUUGAAUUUUCUCUUUAAGAGAACAAAAGAUAAAGUAAUGUAUUUUUGUUGUUUCACAUUUUAUUUGGAGAUAUUUAAAUGAAAUAGAAAGCCAUAUAACAUAGCUAUAAUUACUACCUGUUUGCUAUUUUUGUUUAACUUAUUUUGUAGCUUCCUCACUGGUUUGUGUUGCUAAGCAAAUGUAUACAAACAGAAAAAGAGCUUCCUAAAUUGCACAUUUUUGCAUCUCUUGUGCAUUCUGCAAGAAGACAAUGAAUCCAUGUAUUUCUAUAUAAUUAUCUUCUUCAUUUUUAACCUGUUUUCAUUUGUAAUGAUGCUACAUAAUUUUGUGGCUCUUUAAUGCAAUAAUGUACAGAAGAUUAAAAAAAAUUUAUAAUUGAAGAAUUUGUUUUUCUGUUCACUGAAUAUGUUGCAGGUCAUGCUCCCAUGCCCCCCUUUCUAAGCUGGUAUCAGCAAGACUGGAAUGUUUGUGAUAUCAGGGGCGAGCUGUCAUAAAACAACAAAAUAGAGUAAACUCUUUUAGAGCAUCUGUAUCUGCAACCUGUAAAUGGUAAAAUGUCUGUGUAUUUUUUUAAAUGUACCUUUUCAAUAAAAGUACAAAAUAUAAAACCUG